AUGGAAUCAUUUAUGAAGCGUUCAAAAGAUGCAAAUUCAAUUAGGAAUAAGGCAAGAUAUGGUUUUGGUGAUUAUCACUCCUAUGAUAAAAUCAUAUCAUGGCUUAGUGAUAUCGAAUACUUUUAUCCUAAAAUUGCAAAAGUAUUUACAAUUGGGCAAACACAUGAAGGACGAAAUAUUAAAGGCAUUAAAAUUGGAAAUCCAAUUGAUAGGAUAGAUAAGCGAAUAAUUUGGAUUGAUGGUGGAAUACAUGCUCGAGAAUGGGCUUCUAUUCAUACUGUAUUAUAUUUCAUUGAUCAGUUAAUAUCACAAUAUGGAAUUGAUCCACAAAUUACAUCAUACAUUGAUACGCUCAAUUUUUACAUUGUACCGGUUGUUAAUCCGGAUGGUUAUGAAUAUUCAAGAUCCGAUCAAACACCACAUGCAAGAUUUUGGAGAAAAAAUCGUGGUAAAAUGGUAUGCUCAAAAGAUCGUUGGUAUCGUCAACGUUGCUGCACUGGAGUAGAUUUAAAUCGAAAUUUCGAUUUUUAUUGGGGAGUAACCGGAUCAAGUUCACAUGUUUGUUCCGAAAUUUAUCAUGGUAGCGAACCAUUUAGCGAACCUGAAACAAGAGCAAUACGUGAUAAAUUGUUAUCAGCUGAAAUGUUUGGUAAAAUUGAUGCCUUUAUCACAUUGCACACAUAUAGUCAAAUGUGGAUUUAUCCAUAUAGCCAUCAACGUCAUGCAUUUCCAAAUGAUGUUAACGAUCUUGUAA